AUGUUCGCAGUAGUUCACGAUGAAGUCCCCUCUUCUUUUACACGCAAACCUACCCUGGCUCUCCAAGAGUUCAAUGGCGAAGAUCUCACGCCAUCCGUACAAGUCUACCUGCCCCACAAUUUACGUCCUCGCGAAUUCCUACGCCUCUUCACCUCAUCAACGUCUACCUCCAAGCCCGCCUUUACCUUUCCAGCCCUGCAACUUUGGUUUUCAAAACUGAAUCAAAAUCUCAAAUUACAGGACCAUGAAGAUCACCCCUUUCAUAAACACCCAUACCGCUUGCGUGAGAUUGAGAUUCAGGCCGUAGACUGGUUUUGGCGGAACAAGCCAGACAGGGAGGACAAGUUGGGCUUCAUGAAGAUUUCAGCAAAGAUAGAAACCGAUCCCUAUGUGCACGAGGGGGAAGAUGAUGCGAGAGCGGACUGGCUACCUGGUGCUGUAUUCUUAAGAGGAGGCAGUGUCGCGAUGCUCAUCAUCGUGCAACCAGAAGACGCAAAAGGCGAAGAGGAAAAAUUCGUCAUCUUAACGAUACAGCCACGGAUAGCCGCAGGCUCUCUAGCCUUUGCAGAAAUCCCAGCAGGGAUGCUCGACGGCAACACCUUCAAAGGCACUGCAGCAAGCGAGAUCGAAGAGGAAGCAGGCCUAAAAGUCAAGGAGAAUGAUCUCAUCAAUCUGACCGAACUCGCACUUGAAGACAUUUCCAUAUCACUAUGGAGAUCGGGAAACUCUACAACACACACAGAGUUCCACCCGGCGAACGAAGACGACGACGACGAAGACAGCGAAACCCAAUCCUUCACAACGACAACCUCCGCCAAACCCGCCACCGAAGCCACUGAAAUCGGCAUCUACCCCAGCCCCGGCGCCUGUGAUGAAUUCAUCCCUCUAUUCCUUUGCCAAAAGCGACUUACACGCAAGCACAUGUCCUGGCUCAAGAACAAAGCCACGGGACUACCUGACGAAGGUGAGAACAUCACGCUCAAGCUUGUGCCGCUGGACAAGGCAUGGCGGUUUUUGGGUCGCGAUGCAAAGGCGCUGGCGGCAUUGAGCUUGUAUGAGAACUUGAAAAGGGAGGGGAGGAUUGAGGGUAUGCCUCGAGAUGUGGAGGAGGAACCGGAGGAGUUGAAGGAGUAG